CGCGCGAGCCGGCGAGCUGAGCAGCAGCCCGGGUGGCAGCAGCGUCGCGGCGGCGGCGGCCGCUCCGCGCCUUUCCCCGCCGGCCUCGCCGGCCUCGCCGCACCGCGCCACGCCGGGCCCCGCCACCCCCGCCUCCAGGGCCCGACCUCCGCAACCCCCUGGGCUCGGCCGGCAGCGCCCACCGCCUGCCCGAAGCCGGGAGAGCGGAGCGCGGGGCGCAGAGGCACCGGAGCCAGUGCCUGCCGGCCCCGCAGAGCAAACCCAGCUGGCAGAACCCCCCCGGCCCGGCCCCGGCAGCUCCGCGACCGUCCGGGAGCUGUCCCUUCAGCACCGCCGCGGAAGCCUGAGUCCGAGCGCAGCCCAGCGGAGCCCAGCUCGAGCCUGAGCGCCCGGAGCGCGGCGCGCAGCGGCCGCCGCACCGAGCAACACCCCGGGCGCCCCUGCCCGGGGGACCCGCCAUCUCCUCCGGGAGGCGGGCAGAAGGAUCGAGGAGGGCGGGCGGGCGCGCCCGCCGCCGGGGGGAGCAGGCAGCCAGGCAAGGAGCGAGGGAGGGGGCCGGAGCCCGCCCUGCACCCCGAGCUGCAGCCCAGCCACGCCGGGAGGAAGGCAGCCGGCAUCCAUCUCCCCCCCGCGCGCCGAGGACGCGCUGCGGCGACCACCGCACAGCCGAGCGCGCAGCUCUCGGCCCCCUCGCCUCCCCUCCCCCCUUCUGGGGGCUGGUCUACCUGCCCGGCCCCAGGAGCAGCCACCUUCCCCUUCCCCGACCCCCGCCCACCCCGUAAGCUUUGUGUGGAGCUCUCCGCUCUCCCGCUGACAUGGGGCUGGAAGCCCGGCCCCCCCACCCGCUUUCCCCUCCUCCCGGGGCUCGCCGCUGAGCGCCGCCCCCCUCCCUCCUUCUCUCCCCUCCUCCCUUUCUCCCUCCCUGCCUCCCUCCCUCUCUCCUCCUCCGCCUCCUCCACAGCCAGACCAGCUCCCUCCCACAUCUGGCGCCUGGAGACCCUAGGGAUCCCGCACGCACUUCCCGGACCCAAGCGCCCCGAGGGGUCCGGGUCGCUCGCUGGGGUGGCCACAGCCGGGAUCCUCUGACUCCCCCGACGGCUAGGGGGAGGGGGGAGGAGGCCGCGCGCCCCCCUCCCCGGCACCGACUCCCCCUGGCGGCCGCUCCCAUGGGUGUCGCUGGGCCGCGCCAUGCCUAAGGGGGCGCCGCGAUGGGCCAAGGGGACGAGAGCGAGCGCAUCGUGAUCAACGUGGGCGGCACGCGCCACCAGACGUACCGCUCGACGCUGCGCACGCUGCCCGGCACGCGGCUCGCCUGGCUGGCGGAGCCCGACGCCCACAGUCACUUCGACUAUGACCCGAGGGCCGACGAAUUCUUCUUCGAUCGCCACCCGGGCGUCUUCGCGCACAUCCUGAACUACUACCGCACGGGCAAGCUGCACUGCCCUGCCGACGUGUGCGGGCCGCUCUACGAGGAGGAGCUGGCCUUCUGGGGCAUCGACGAGACCGACGUGGAGCCCUGCUGCUGGAUGACCUACCGGCAGCACCGCGACGCCGAGGAGGCGCUGGACAGCUUCGGCGGCGCGCCCCUGGACAACAGCGCAGACGACGCGGACGCCGACGGCCCCGGCGACUCGGGCGACGGCGAGGACGAGCUGGAGAUGACCAAGCGCCUGGCGCUCAGCGAUUCUCCGGACGGCCGGCCUGGCGGUUUUUGGCGCCGCUGGCAGCCGCGCAUCUGGGCGCUUUUUGAGGAUCCGUACUCGUCCCGCUACGCGCGGUAUGUGGCCUUUGCUUCUCUGUUCUUCAUCCUGGUCUCCAUCACUACCUUCUGCCUGGAGACGCAUGAGCGCUUCAAUCCCAUCGUGAACAAGACGGAGAUAGAGAAUGUGCGCAAUGGCACGCAGGUGCGCUACUACCGCGAGGCCGAGACCGAGGCCUUCCUCACCUACAUCGAAGGCGUCUGCGUGGUGUGGUUCACCUUCGAGUUCCUCAUGCGCGUCGUGUUCUGUCCUAACAAGGUCGAGUUCAUCAAGAAUUCGCUCAACAUCAUCGACUUCGUGGCCAUUCUGCCCUUCUACCUGGAGGUGGGGCUCUCGGGCCUGAGCUCCAAGGCUGCCAAGGACGUGCUGGGCUUCCUGCGCGUCGUGCGCUUUGUGCGCAUCCUGCGCAUCUUCAAGCUCACGCGCCACUUCGUGGGCCUGCGCGUGCUGGGCCACACGCUGCGCGCCAGCACCAACGAGUUCCUGUUGCUCAUCAUCUUCCUGGCUCUGGGCGUGCUCAUCUUCGCCACCAUGAUCUACUACGCUGAGCGGAUAGGGGCGCAGCCCAACGACCCGAGCGCCAGCGAACACACGCACUUUAAGAACAUCCCCAUCGGCUUCUGGUGGGCCGUGGUAACCAUGACGACGCUGGGCUACGGGGACAUGUACCCGCAGACGUGGUCCGGCAUGCUGGUGGGGGCGCUGUGCGCGCUGGCGGGCGUGCUCACCAUCGCCAUGCCCGUGCCGGUCAUCGUGAACAAUUUCGGCAUGUACUACUCCUUAGCAAUGGCUAAGCAGAAACUACCAAAGAAAAAAAAGAAGCAUAUUCCUCGGCCGCCGCAGCUGGGAUCUCCCAAUUAUUGUAAAUCAGUCGUAAACUCUCCACACCACAGUACUCAGAGUGACACAUGUCCGCUGGCCCAGGAAGAAAUUUUAGAAAUUAACAGAGCAGAUUCCAAACUGAAUGGGGAGGUGGCGAAGGCCGCGCUGGCGAACGAAGACUGCCCCCACAUAGACCAGGCUCUCACUCCCGAUGAGGGCCUGCCCUUUACGCGCUCAGGCACCCGCGAGAGAUACGGACCCUGCUUCCUCUUAUCAACCGGGGAGUACGCGUGCCCACCUGGUGGAGGAAUGAGAAAGGAUCUUUGCAAAGAAAGCCCUGUCAUUGCUAAGUAUAUGCCGACAGAGGCUGUGAGAGUGACUUGACCAGGCGGCUUGGCCCAGGACACUGGUGGCUAUUAAGCAUCUGGGUGGACCUGCAGCCCCUCCUCACCCUCGGACAGAGUAAAUUCACGCCAUGCAGGUUUGCCGGACGAGUCCGAGUGGCCCAGGCAUUGUACUAGGACGGACGUAGCUUUUUCUACGGCCAAAUGGUAACUGACCGUAGAGGAUUUCUUUUCCUUCUUAUCACUUGAUUUAUUUAUUUUUAACAUUUUCUUUUAUUUGGGGAGGGGGAGGCGGAGGGGUUCCUUAGCAUGACUUGCAUGAAGUUCAACAGAAACCCAGCAAACCAAACCCACCAACCCUCCCAACCCCCUGCAACUGUAUGAUCACCUUAAGCAACAACAAUAACGGAAAGGUGGAAAGUCCUCAAGUUUCUUUCAAAACUCUUUACUUUAACACACAUUGUUGGAGCCAAACUGUUAACUGUGUUCCGUAGAAUCCUGUACGUUUCUGAGGGCGGGGGCGAGGGAGGAGGGCCAGGGAGUGGGGCGGACUGCUUCUCUUUUUGUACUCACGCUGGAGAGCCAAGGUUCCAGAAAGGGCAGUUGGUCAGUCAUCGGUCACAUUGACCUCACCUUCAUAGCUCAUCUCUCCCGCGGAAACCGAGAACUUUGCUCCAAGUAGAAUUGUGGAAGCCCGCACUGCCGCCUCCCUCCCUCUCUGGCAUGCUUGUGAUCCAGCGGAUGUCUCCCCAAGACCCCUGACAGCGGCUAGCCUAGGUUGAGUCUCUCCUCUUCCCGGUGUGUAGAUGCAAUGUGACAGUUUCAUAACAAAUUGUUCAUAGGAAAUCAUCACCACUGUGUGGAUUUUCCAAGUGUUACUUUCAUACCAGGCUGUAGAGCACCAACAGAUCAGGACCACGGGAGGAGCGGCCUCCUCCAGCUUUAACUAAGGCACAACCUGGCACUGUAUGCAACUUAGUACUUCAGAGUAAAAACCUGCAUGCCCAAUGUUAUGGAAAGCGAUUCUAGCAUGAAAUAAAUUUUGCAUCAUGGUUUCUGUAUAGUCUAAAGCAGAUUUGUUUUCCUGAAGCAAUUGGAGGUUUGCAGAGACACACUUCUGCAUCUCGAAUAAAUAUAGUAUUUUCCCAACUGAAAC